GAGAUAACAGAAAUAACACAUUUACAGUUUUACAGUCUGUAUCCUUAUUCCUUAGCCCUUACUGUACUUUACUCAGUAAAAUAUUUUAACUGUAGCAUUAAAACAUUUCUAAAUAAAUUCUAAUUUCAAUUCUGAUUAUAUUAAUGUGAUUUCUGAUUUUUAAUGUUUUGUAUUUAAUCGUAUCACCUAUUGUAUAUACUGAUUACUUAUUAAUUAUUACAUACUUGAAAUAUUAAAAUUCAUUUAACAGUCGUCAUAACUAAACUUAAAAAUUCUAACAUGUUCAAUUUUUGUUGAGUAGCCUUUUUAUUAUUUACCAAUAUUAUCAUGUUCAUAAAUGGCAUUUAUUUUAUUUGUCUAUAUUUAUUGUCAAUCUCCCAGACACUUGAAACAUCGGAAAUAGUCAUUACAAUUUUGAGUCAACAAAACGACUACAAUGUAGAACAAGCUCUCAGAUUAAAAAAUAAUAUUUUGAAGCAAACAAAAUCAAUUGAAAAGCCACGACUAGGUGGAGUAUAUAUGCUUCAUGAACAAUUUCCAGAACCUGGAAGUUGGACUGUUAUUCCUAUUAUAAAAUUAUUACAUAAAAAUAAUAAACAUGCAAAGUGGUUUUUGUUUUGUGAAGAAAACUCGUAUGUAAAUUAUAACAAUUUACAAUUGUUUUUGAAAAACCAGAACUCGAAUGAUUCUGUAUGGAUGGGAUAUGGCGUACAAGAUAAACAUCCAACAAUAAUUCAUCAUUAUGCAUUCGAAGAAAAUAAAAAUAAAAGAGUUACUUAUCCUUUGUUUGCUGCAGGAUUUGUGAUAUCUGCUGAGCUAUUAAAAAACAUUGCCAAUUCAAAUGUUGAAACUUUGAGUUCAGAUUUUUCAAUUGAUGCAUCUUAUGAGUUAUCAUUAGUAAUCAAUCAAAAAAUUCAACAUCUACCUUUAAAAUUUUGUUUGAAACUUUCACCAGACUGUAUUGUUCAUCCUUUGUCUGAAAGGAGUGAAUGUACACGUUAUGGAAAGGUGACAAAAGAUUCAAUAUAUUUUGCUGUGAAAACUUGCAGUAAAUUUCAUUCAGAUAGAGUACCAGUGUUACAGUCUACUUGGGGCCGAGAUGCCGUGCAUAUUGAAUACUUUAGUGAUAAACUUGAUGAUACAAUACCAACAACUGUAUUAGAUGUACCAAAUACUGAAAGAGGACACUGUCUUAAGACUAUUGCAAUUUUCAAAUACUUAUCUAAAAAACUUUUGUCAAAUAAAGCUGUGAAAUGGAUUGCAUUGACAGACGAUGAUACACUUUUGAGUGUUCCUCGGUUAGCAUCAAUUCUGAGCUGCUGGAAUGGUCAGCAAAUUGCACUUGGUCAAAGGUACGGUUACAACAUCCGAGGAGAUCAGUCUUUAGGAUAUAAUUAUCUAACAGGCGGAGGAGGUAUUAUAUUUAAUGUGGGAUUAGUCCAUAAAUUGACCACUUGUCAAUGUUAUGCGAUUGAUGCACCUGACGAUAUGGUAUUAGGCAUGUGUUUGAAAGCUUUAAAUGCUACAGUGGUCCAUUCCCCAGUUUUCCAUCAAGCUAGACCACAAGAUUAUGCUGACGAGUAUUUGGAAUCUUAUCCAAUGGUAUCUUUUCAUAAGCAUUGGAUGAUAGAUCCAAUAGAAGUUUAUCGACAUUGGCUUUAUCAAGAUUCUUCUUUUGGGCAUGAUGAGCUUUAAGUUUACCCGUCCAUUUGAAGCAGCCAGCACUGAAUUAAGUAUAAAAUCUGGAGGUACUAUGGCAUCAGCGAGUGUCACUGCUUCAUUUUUAAGACUUGAACAUAAAUCUAUUAUGGAUCCUUUAACUAUUACUGAUGCUAAUGGCCCAUUAGCAUAGCCACCUAUAAUGAAAACAAGUAAUAAUUAUUAAUAUUUAAA